AUGGGUGUUUUAGGAAUUUUUGGAAACAUCAUCAACAUCAUCGUCUUUUACAAGCAGGGCUAUGAGGACAGCGUCAAUAUAACUUUAACUGCUCUGGCUGUCAGUGAUAUCGGGGCGUUGGUCACUGUGUUACUGGCCAGUGUCUUCAUCAACCCUUGGUUUUUGAGAUCGGAUGUUCCCAUUCUACAAACAGAUUUAUUUUCUAUGGUGGCAUUUUUCCCACACAAUUAUUUCAUCCGUGUGUGUGGGUUGGUCACAGCCUUCGCGUCGUGUGAGAGAUGUCUGUGUGUUUUGGUGCCCCUUAAAGUCAAACAAAUUGUAACCAAAAGAUUUUCAGUUAUUGUCAACGUGUUUAUAUUUAUAAUAAUGCUAUUGGAUCUGUUUCCCGUAUAUUACGUUGUUUAUCUAGAUUGGAGAUUUGUUCCUGAGUUAAAUAAAACAAUGAUUGCAUCCCUUUAUCGGCAAAAUCCGUACGAUAUUUUUGGCAUUUCGUAUUUCGUGACUGAUGUCUUUGUCCCAUUUUUUACGUUUUUCACGAUUAUAUUAUCCAACACCAUCAUCGCCAUAAAACUAAAAUCAAGAUCCGAAUGGCUAAAUUCCGUUUCACAUCAAAACAUGAACAAAGAGAAGUUCGUGUCUAACAAAGAGAAAAAAGUUGUCCUGAUGUUGACUGUCGUCUCUGUCAUCUUCAUCGUCUGCCUCAUUCCUCAGUCAGCAAUCCUAUCAGCUGUCAGUCAGGUUCCUGGGUUGGGUAACGGCGGCAUCUACUUUAACUUGGCGUUGUUGUGUUACAGCAUCUCCUACCUGAUGGAGGCCGUGUGUUCUAGCGUCAACAUCAUCGUCUACUACAAGAUGAGCAGUAAAUACAGGGAGACUGUACGAGGCAUGGGUUUAUGCAAAAGCCGACACAACUCAAGUUAA